GCAUGCAAUGCCAAGAUGAAGCGACAACAGACAGGUGGGAGCGGGCAGCGGGUUGCGAUCAAGCACAGAGGUUUAUGUAACGCGAGGGCGCGAACGGAGCCGCGCGCCGGCAGUGCUCAGCCGACCGUCGGCCCCGCACCGCGCCGCACAGCGCCGCACCGCACCAUGGACCGGGCCGGCGGCAGCCCACCGUCCAGCCCGCCUGCCGCACACUCCGGCUUCAGCGCUUUUUGCAGCGCGAUCUCGGACACUAUCUCGGGGAUGGCAACCACAUCGCGGAGUAGAAGAAAACAAGAAGAUGAGAAAAAGAAUAAGAAAAAACAAUCGCCUGUGGACGAGAGGCCCACGGUGCCUGCGCCCAGUGAAGCAAUGCUUAACAAUCUCCGAACAGCGUUUGGGCUGUUGGACCGCGACAGCGACGGUCACGUGACGCCUGCGGAGCUGCAGUUCAUGCUGCGCAACUUGGGCAUCGAGGUCAGCGAUGAUCUCAUCUCUGAUCUUAUCAAAGACGCCAGUAAGACUGGUAAUGGACUUAUUGAUGAGAAUGACUUUAUGCAGUGGGUGACAAAAAUACAAGCUUUACAAGGUUUGGAUGUUAGUACGAGUGGGGGCGACUCAGAAGAGGAGAUAACAAGGGACCUUCUCGCCGCGUUUAAGGUAUUUGACCGCGACGACAACGGGUACAUAACUCGGGACGAGCUACGAGCAGCGCUCGAGAUGAUCGGGGAACCGGUCACCGACGCGCAACUCAACCAAGUGCUGGCGCUGGGAGACAUCGACCACGACGGCAGGAUCGAUUAUGAAGAAUUCGUUAAGAUGCUGCUGUAAUGUGCACCACGUUCAAGACCUCAUUAGUUGUAAUGGUAGAAUGUUAAAGACAAGACACGUGAUUUAAGGCUGUCAAUAGUAGUUUUGGAUGGCUUUGUGCAUUGGAAUAAGAUGUAGUUAUUGAAGAGAUUAACUUAUCCAAAAUGCUUCCACGAGAUUUUACAAUUAGAAAUAUCUGGUAUAUUGAUAAGAUACAUUUUGUAUCUAGUCAACGUGCUUUUAUCAAAGUGGUAACGUAUGUGAAACACUUGUACAUAAUGAAUACUAUUUUGUAAUUUAUAAUGUUAACAAAUCAUUACUUGUAAACUACUUUAAGGGCCUGUUCCAUAACUUUUGAGUAAAUGCUAUUCAUGAUUUAAAGGUAUAAGAAGACCAAAUACAAAAGUCAGACUAAUCUAUGCUUCCGUAUAAAUGGUAAUAAAAUGUAUACUAGCAGCAUUAGAUGUUUAAUACGAUAACUGUGAAAUAAAAUUUACUUUAGACGUAUGAAACAGGCCCUUAGUUGUUUAAUAAUUAUGUAAUAUAUUAAUGUAACAAAAUAUCGAACAAUCAUCUACAUAAUGUAACAUAUUAACAUAUACUUAUUCGCAUAGAAAAACAUAUUGGAUUUAAUCAUUAUUGUUAUUAUACUUACUUGUUUUUAAAAGACAGUCUGGUUUUAACAGAUGCAUAUAACUUGAUACGGCCUAUAUUUAAUAUAUUUAUAUUAAAGUAACUGAAAUAUUUUGGUACUUAUGUAUACGAUAUUAUUUAUAAAAUCUGCUGUGCAACGAUACACAAUUAAUAUUUUUAUAUAAAAGAAAUACAUCAAAUUAAAAACUCAAUUAUAUCCUUGGUUUUAGAUAAUAUUCAUUAUAGCUUAUUGUCUGAUGUUUUAAUUACCAUGUUAGGGAUUGAUUCAAAUACUUGAUGAUUGAAAAUAAAAUGUAUUUUAAAGUAACAUUUAAACCUAUACGUCAUAUUCUUACUUUAUUUUUUUUUAUGUUCAGUCUUAAGAAUACACUUCAGUUAUUUAUUAUAUUAUAAUUAUUAUAUUAUACCUGUUAGAUAUACUAAUGCAAAUGCAAGCGGUCUUUUAUUGCAUCUACUUAUAUUAUAAUAGAGUGAUUGAUAAUAGAGUGAUUUAAUACUUACGUUUUUCCGUUAGAAUGUUUGUUUUUGAAAACGCGUACAAUUAUAUAAUUUUCUUAUAUCAUAUACCUACUUUUUACACUGUCCAUAAAUGUAAUAAUUAUUACUGUGAACUUUUCUUUUGUGUUACAAAACAUGCGGGAACUUUAGCAUUAUGUUCCCCUCACGACAAAACGAUGUAAACGGUUUGUAUGUAGUUUAUAAAUUAAAGUUUUGUAGAUAAUAUGUAAAUUAAUGGUUGUGAAUGAUAAGUUAUAUCAAAAAUGUAAUCUAUUUGCUAUAUAUUCAAAUUAAUUCUCGUUACUUGUAUGUAUUUAUUGAAACAGAUAACUAAUGUAGGAUUUAUGUAGAUUUGAAAAUGUGGGUACUCAAUGUAUCAUUCGACGUCUGUCACCAACAUUUUCAUUUUUGCAUACUUACAGCUUUCAAGGGGCCUUUGAAUCAAAAGGCAUGUGAUGUGGAAUGACCGAUCGUGAUGAAUAAUAAAUCUUGAACUUGU